CCACUGACAUCCUUUUUGUUAGCUACAGGGUAUAAAAGAUUGGAUUGAAAUGGGAAAUUUGCUAUGUUGUGUUCAAGUUGACCAAUCCACAGUUGCAAUCAAAGAGAGAUUUGGUAGGUUUGAUGAAGUACUUGAACCAGGAUGCCACUGUCUACCUUGGUGCUUAGGGCGUCGGCUGGCUGGCCAUCUCUCACUCAGGUUGCAGCAAUUGGAUGUGCGCUGUGAAACCAAGACAAAGGAUAAUGUGUUUGUGAAUGUUGUGGCAUCUGUUCAAUACCAUGCCCUGGCAGAUAAGGCCAGUGAUGCUUUCUACAAACUUAGCAACACCAGAACCCAAAUUCAAGCCUAUGUUUUUGAUGUGAUCAGGGCAAGUGUUCCCAAGAUGGACCUGGAUGAUGUUUUUGAACAAAAAAAUGAAAUUGCAAAAGUUGUUGAAGAAGAACUUGAAAAGGCUAUGUCUGCAUAUGGGUAUGAAAUUGUUCAGACACUCAUCGUCGACAUUGAACCAGACGACCAUGUCAAACGUGCGAUGAACGAAAUUAAUGCUGCUGCAAGGCUGAGACUAGCAGCAAACGAGAAAGCAGAAGCAGAGAAAAUUGUACAGAUAAAGCGAGCAGAAGGCGAGGCCGAGUCCAAGUAUCUCUCAGGAGUAGGUAUUGCCAGGCAGCGCCAAGCGAUUGUAGAUGGUUUAAGAGAUAGUGUGCUCGGAUUCUCAGAAAAUGUGCCGGGAACUACUGCUAAGGACGUUCUAGACAUGGUCCUCAUCACUCAGUACUUCGACACCAUGAAGGAAAUUGGAGCUUCUUCUAAAUCUUCAUCUGUGUUUAUUCCUCAUGGACCUGGAGCUGUUCAUGAUGUAGCCACACAGAUUAGAAAUGGGUUGCUUCAGGCAUCUUCUCUGUAGAACUCUUUAAAUUUCCUGUGAGGUUUGCUCGAGGUUACAGAGUGAACAAGACUUUUUGUUCCUCCUCCAGGAUUUCUCUGGCCUCUGAAUUUUCAUCAUAAUUUGGGUUCCACUUGUAAUAUAAAGUGUGUUAAACUUUCUAUGUUAAA